UGAGCAGUUUUUAACCUGAAAGUAAAAGGGAAAACAGAGUAGAGUUGUAGCAAUUGACCCAAACUGAAGCCAAAUCCAACCUCUCACACACACCAAAUUGCUGGUACUGUUAACUCUUCCUCUUGUUCACCAUUCAAUCAACACAAGUUCACAACACAACACACUCUCUCUUCCUAUUUUGCAAUCUCUCUGCAUAUUCACAACACCUCAUAGAUAGGGUUUCAACUUUCAACCACCUUUCUAUUUGAGGGUUUGGAUUGGACCCUUUGGUCCUUCCUUCCCAUCCCCCUUUUUGAUCUCCGCCACCAUGUCCGCCGGAUCUCCUCCUCCGGUUCCCGCCGAACAAUCCUCACCGUCGCCGGAACCGGAACCCAAUCCACCGACCAUCAGGAGGAGCAGCCGCCCCUCCCGCGCGUGCGCCAUCCGCGCCGCUUCCCGCCUCUGUUCCGACCCGCCGGCGAUCGAACGGAAGGAGGACUUGCCGCCGGCGAAAUGCAGUAAGAUCGUCACGCAGCUGGCGGAACCGCCCUCGUCGCCGUCGCAGCUGCCGCGGUGGAACCUGCGGUCUAUGUGGGAGUUUGCUUCCGUGCUCAACUUCUUGCAUCUGUUUAGGCCUCUGUUGAAUAUCUCACUGGAAUUCUCAGCUGAAGAGUUUGAGACAGCUCUGCUUACCCCCAAUGACACUUUGUUUCAUAUACACAUGCCUUUGUUAAAGGCAAUCCCUCCUGUUACACGAAUGGCACUCACACGCGACACUUGGAUAACCGUAUUAUGCAGGAAAUUGAGAGAUUGGUGGCAUUGGGUUGCCGAUGGGGAUCUUCCAAUUGUUGCUUCACAUGGGGCGGAGAUUGAAGUAUAUAAAUCACUUGAUCCAGGAGUCCGUGUUGUCAUCUUAAAAGCAUUAUGUGACAUUCGUGUUGAGCAAGAAGAUAUCCGAAGUUAUAUUGACAACUCAAUCAAACAUGGUGUUCAACUUUCAACAUUCCGUAAAGAGCGUAUUGGAGGUGAUUCAAAUGGAAUUUCUUAUUGGUAUGAAGAUGACCCCAUGAUUGGUCAUAGGUUGUAUCGAGAAAUAAGGAAAACUGAAGUGGUUCAAAUGAAGAAAGGGAAAGCAAGAGGUUCCCAGGUUCUUUCCAGUACAUCAUACCAGUGGGAAGCUGUUGCUACCAAUUUUGAUGAAUUUCAAGAUGUUUCUGAGAAGCUUUUCUCAAGUAAAAACAGAACAGAAGCUUUAGUGGGGAAAAAGCUGAAGAUAGACAUGCUUCCUGAAAUUGAGAAAGCUCAUAAGAAAAAGGAGAAGUUGCUGAAAAAGCAACAAAGAGAAGCUCUUCUUCUUGAUAAUUACUUGGUUAUGGAUGGGUUUGGUCCUGGGCGUUCACUUCGUGACAGGAAACGUGUUACCUACACUUUUGAUGAUUAUGAUCGCUCCAUCAGUGAGGCAAUCAAAGUAACAAAGCAGAAACAGCCAUCCCCAGAACCUAUGCGCCGGAGAGAAUCAGUAGCAAAAACUGAAGCUUUGACAAAUGGUAAUCAUGGUCCUUCACAUGUUGCUGCUCAACAUUUAAAUUUUGGUAUGCCAUCUCCAGAAUCACCUGACUUAGAUGAUGAUGAGGAGGAAGAUCAUAAAACUGACGCAUUGGGUGGAAGGCGGCGAAGACUGAGACCUAAGCGGUAUUCAGAGAAUGAUUCCAUUGAAGAAGGACCAGGUAAUGAGGCAGGCUUUGACAGUGAUGAUGAUAUUGUUGGAGAGGUUGUGUAUGAUGAAGAAUAUCUUAAGAAACGUAAGCAGAGAAGGGAUAUUUCUAGUAGCUCUGAAGGAGAUGAAGAAGAUGAAGAAGAAGAUCAAGGGGAUGAAUAUAAUCUUGAAGAUGAAGAAGAAGACGAUGAUGAUGACGAUGACGACGACUUGAGCAUCAGUGAGGAUAGUGAUAGUGACAAACCCCGCAAAGUUAAACAAUUGCCAGGUCGUACUAGGAGGGAAACUAAACGGAGGUCUGUUGAUGAGAUUCAAUCAGGUCUAAGACGCAGUAAGAGGGCAACUAGAAAUACUAUAAACUACCAACAAUAUGAACUGUCAGAAUCAGAAACAGAGGUUACUAAACCUGAGAAGUCUGAUGCAUCCGGUGACCACUCAGAUCCAAGUGAGAAUGGGGAAUAUAUGUCAGAAAGUGAAGGUUCUGGCAAUGAUGGUGAAGAUCAUGAAAUGAAAGUAGAUGAGCCUGUUACUUUUCCUGCAGUAGAAGAAGAGAAUGAACUAAACCAGCCUGCUGCUGAGAAAUUAAGUAGUCCAGGUCAGGAGGAAGCUGAGGGCAUGGGAAAGAGACGUUUCCUUGAUUUGAAUGAGCUUGCCCCUAGCCCUGGUUUUGAUGAUGGUCCAAUUCCAGAUACCAUAAUGAAAGACGAAGACAAUGAUUACUGAAGCUUCCUUUUCUGCAUGAUGGCAGAGAUAGCAGUUUUCUAUCAUGGAAGGCAAUGUGUAUGUAUGAUAAUAGAACUAUAAAUAUUGUUAUGAGCCUCAGUAAGUUAGGAUCAGGUCUCUUUCUAUGGCAUAACUGAGCAGCCCUUGGAAGCAGCAUGAUACUGAGUUAUGUAGAUUAGGUAGUUAUUCUUUUUUAGUGUUUCUACAUUCAAAGAGUCCAGCAAGAUGAAAUGAGGAACUGUUGGGUGUUAUUUAGCACAUCCAAUUGAUGUAACAAUAACUGUUAAAGGUACUGUAACCUGAAAAUAGAUGUGGCUUUCAGCUUGCUACUUCUGAUCUG